GAAGAAGAACAGAGGUCACCAGGACUGUGGUUCCGGGUCAACGCUACCCGUCAUUAAGCAGCAAAAAUGUUGACCCGACUCUCACGGUUGAGACCCUCGUUGUCCCGAUUACUUUAUAAUGCACCGGCUCGGUUCGUCUCCCAGUCGAAGUCGACCGGUGCCGCCGGUUCACCGACGGUGACGGAGGUUCACCCCGCCGCGGCGCACGCAGGACAUGGGGAGGUCAGCCAGUACGUCAAGAAUCCAGAUUUCCAUGGCUUCUCUAGUGAUCCUGUGGUUGAUGAGUGGAACAUGAGGGUGGCCUUCUUUUUUGGCAUCUCGAUGGCUCUCGUUAUCGGAGGAACCUUUGUCCACUAUUUACCAGACCAUAGCAUGCGGCAGUGGGCCAGAAGGGAGGCAGAGCGUUUGAUCGUGGAGAGAGAGAAAGAAGGACUUCCUUUAAUAGGGGAGAAUUACUAUGACCCAAACAAGAUUGUUUUGGCCACAGCUGGAGAAGAAUAACAUGUCUGCCAGCUCUCACCACUGUAUUUCAUCUUUGUUGUAUGCCAUUCUGAGAGAAUAAAUGCUGUACUUGUUCACUUGUGUAA